UAAGUCUAAGCCGCCUAAAAACUCGUUAUCUUUGUUUUUGUUUUUGACUACAUUAUCCAUAUCCGGUGAAUGUCAAUUCGGCAUGAACUUUUUCCAUAUUAUUAAUAAUGAAGCAUUUUGGAUGUGCGAUAAGUGAAAUUUUAGUUUAGCAUCCAAAAUAAAAUCUGUUACCAAGUGCCCAUUAAAGAUGGCUCCAGCCUGCUUAAUACCAUGCCAAGAAUAAAGAAACCAAGUACUUUGAGAACCCUUGAUGCAAACUUUCUGUGCCUGCUACCCUCUUUUUCAAAUGGGGAAUAUUGUUUAUCACUAUAUUUGUGUUUCACUUGUUCAGCAUCCACGUUUUGUUUUCCUGUGCAAACACCAUGACCUGAAACAGGCAACAGUCUACAGAAAAAUCUGGAAUGGGGAAUGUGACUUUGAGUGAAAGAACCAAUAUUUGUAUUACUGAAGAAAUUCUCGUCCACUACCUACUCAGCCAAUGAGGUGUCAUUAAUCUCAUUACUGUUAUUUGAUCUGCUAUAGAUUCAAUUAAAUCAUAGAAUGCAAAUGGGUUGCCAAGCAAGGGAACACCUCCCAUAUGUGCUGCCAAACUCCAACUGUCCUGUGUAGCCACACGUAGUGGUUGAAAAAAACGCAGGAUUCUGCUGCCGACCGCAGCUUUGAAUACAAUAGCACCAAUCUCGGAGAUGGUGUACUUAACGCUCUGUUAAAGACAGCAUUGUCGGCAACAAAUUUUCAGCCAACUAUAAAACAACGCAUGCAUCGCUUCUGACACGUUGCUGUUGGAGAUAUCAGCUGUGUUUAUUACGGGGUGCGCUGUGUUUUCUGCGCGCCAACACAUUUCGUCCACCAACAUUUUGCUGGUGGUGGUUUAUCAUCCCGCAGUCGUCUUCCACAGUCAAGCGGAUACGUCUGCCAGCUUCUGAUCAUUAAUUUUUCCUAUUGUGUGUCAACUCCUUCAAUGGAUCAUAAUUAAAGAAAAACCAUGUCUCAACCAGAUCGCUCAGGUGAAAGGCGUCGCCGUUUGGCCGUGUCUUCACUGACUUCACGAUGCGAGGAUGACUGCGAAGAUCUUAGAGGAGCAGGCGGAGUGCUUGGGGGUCAUUGGAGGCGUUGGCGGAGGGCUCUGCUUGGUCGCUCCUCGUCGGCAUCCUCGUCGAUCGUCGAUUUGGGCGACUUGGUCGCCAAAUUCCCGCAGAUGGAAGAAGUUUUGCAGGUGUACCCGAAGGAUACUCCGCUUGCCCUUUUCACCAGUUUGCUACCAGAAGAUUUGGCUAACGUACCGGAUCAAAGCGGAUUGCGUCAACGCAUAUUGAACGCGGUGGAAAUGGCCCGUCAAUGGAUCAACCAAUCCGAGGUGGAUGGAGCGGGAUGCUUGACGCCGGUUCGUCGCUCUUUGGAUGUCGACUGUUUGUCACUGGGAAGCGGGAGCGGGAGUUCCUCGCCAUCGUCAUCGGCAUCAUCAUCGUUGGCUGCGUCGAUGUUGUUGCUACGUCCGCGUGCAUUUGCCCGACAGCUUUCGGAUGAUUUACGCCGCCGGAGGGAAAGCUAUGCAGCCGGCCAGUAUGGAUCGAAUGGAGGGUGUUAUUCACCCCUGGCCACGGGCGUGGGUGUUGUGCCAGCCCAUCGCCACAGCGUCGGCGGAGUUCAGUUGGUGCCUUCCAACUUGGUUCAAACCACUCGAGUUCACUCGGCGGUGACAUCGAGCACGACUUCAUCCACAUCUGCCGCCAAUGAUGAAGCUGAGCCAGAUAACUACAAUUUGCAGCGGAUUCGUGGCUCGACUUUGGGUCAGUCAGCUCCUUCGCUAACGGCUAAUUCUGUGAGAGAUCUGAUGCUGCCGAGAAGAUGUUCUCGUAUCCAGCAUCAUCAUCUGCAGCAUCGAAAAAGCAUGAUAUCGGCCACUUCGCCCACUAUGCCACCACGUUGUCAAUCGCCGUUGUCGCAAGGGAGCCCGAUGGAAAGUCCGCGCAACAUGUCGCCCAGUCAGCAAUUUGCUUUCGUCCCCAUAAAAAAGGCUGAAUGUCGACGAUGGUCAGUGGCCUCAUUGCCUUCAUCUGGUUACGGCACUACUCCAGCCAGCUCUAAUGUGUCGUCACAGUGUUCCAGUCAGGAGCGAUUGAAUCACUUGCCGACGGUGCCUACCGCCGAAGAGAUGCGGAUCCUUUCGCAACAUUUUUCAUCCAACGAGAGCAAUCCAGUCAUCGAGGAAACGGAUGGAGGCGUGGCAGCUGCUGGACGUCAUUCGCCCAGAAUGCGUCCAAGAUCCAGGAGUUUGAGUAGUCCGAUCCGUUCGCCGAUCGUCGAUAGCGAAGUAGUGAUGAUGAACAUGUUGUACAAGGAGCGCUUCCCCAAGGCCACCAGGCAGAUGGAGGAGAGACUUAAGACGUUCGUCGAAGAGAACGCAAGCGUCGAGAGUUCGGAGGCGCUCGUGGCGGCUGCUGAAGGCACGUCGGAGCCUAUCCCAGCAGACGCCAUAGCAAUCGUGCGAUUCGUUCAGCACCAAGUGAUCGAGCUGGGUCGUGAUUGCCUGCAGAAAUCGGAGCAAGGCCUCAUCACAAGCCGCUACUUUUACGACAUGUCGGACAAUCUGGAAAAGCUCUUGACGGAGGCUAAAGACAAAGCUGUUGAUGCUGUCCCUCAUCUAAGCCGUCUUGUCCGCAAGCUCUUGCUCAUCAUUUCACGGCCGGCUAGGUUGCUCGAGUGUUUGGAAUUCGAUCCCGAAGAGUUUUAUCACAUGCUGGAAGAAGCUGAAGGACAAGUACGAACCACACAGGGCGUGACGGACUUCCCGCAGUAUAUAGUCACCCAACUGGGUCUGAAUCGUGAUCCAUUGGCGGAAUUUCAACAUGAUUUAAGUCAGCUUGAAAAGACGUGCUCCACUCCGGAGCCGGCGGAGGGAUCUGACUCACCGAUGACGACGUCGACACCCGAAAAGAAAAAAGUGGCCGACACGUCUCACUUGCCCAAGGAAAGCGAUUACGAAGUGGUGAAAUUGAUAUCUAACGGUGCGUACGGGGCUGUGUACCUUGUGCGUCACCGCGAAACGCGCCAACGUUUCGCCAUGAAAAAGAUCAACAAACGCAAUCUGCUGCUACGUAACCAGAUCGAGCAGGCGUUUGCCGAGCGUGACAUUCUCUGCUUCACGGACAAUCCGUUUGUCGUUAGCCUCCAAUGUAGUUUCGAGACACAGAGGCACUUGUGUAUGGUGAUGGAAUACGUCGAAGGAGGCGAUUGCGCCACUCUCCUCAAGAACAUGGGUCCAUUUCCUUGUGACAUGGCCCGUCUGUAUUUUGCUGAGAUGGUGUUGGCCGUCGAGUACUUGCACAGCUACGGGAUCGUCCACCGCGAUCUAAAGCCGGACAACUUACUCAUCACCGCCAUGGGGCACAUUAAGUUAACCGAUUUUGGUUUGAGCAAAAUGGGUCUCAUGUCGCUGGCCACCAAUUUAUACGAAGGUUUUAUUGAUCGCGAGACUCGCGAGUUCUCCGACAAGCAAGUCUUUGGUACUCCAGAAUAUAUUGCUCCGGAAGUCGUUCUCCGUCAAGGAUAUGGCAAGCCCGUGGAUUGGUGGUCUUCCGGAAUCAUCUUGUACGAAUUCCUUGUUGGCUGUGUCCCAUUUUUUGGAGAGACGCCCGAAGAGCUCUUUUCUCACGUAGUCAACGACGAUAUCGAAUGGCCAAGUGAAUCUGAUUGGCCCGUUCCGGUCGAAGCCAAAGAUCUGAUCACGGCGCUGCUACAGCAGAAUCCGCGCGAUCGUCUGGGCACGGCUGGUGGCGCUGAAGUCAAAUCGCAUCCUUUCUUUGAUCGGCUCGAUUGGAACUCGUUGUUGCGUCAGAAAGCCGGUUUCGUUCCUCAGUUGGAUGACGAUAACGAUACGAGUUAUUUCGACACGCGAGCCGAUCGUUACUGCCACGACGAUCCUUCCGGUGACCUCGAACUUGACUUGGAGACAGCAGAGGGCGGCGCCACUACUCCGCAGUUGUUUGGCUCCUUCUCCUCUUGCUCGCCGAGAUACAAGAAAUCACAUGGCCUGUUUCUCGACGCGAAAUCUAGCAACGAUUCUGGGUCUUGUACUUCGGAUCAGUCGGAAUCGUGCGGAAGCCUCAGCGCUGGUGAAGACAAAUCUUUGAUUCUUCCUCCCAUUCAACAGACACCAGAAUCAACAGAGAACGAAGAUUCCAGUCCACAACUCCAGCGGAGGCGAAGGAUGCUCCAUCGUGAGCUUAAAUCGCUUCCACGCUUUUCCAUUUCUAUAGAAUCCGAAUCGGGAGGACGUUGUAUGACACCCAUAUCAACUCCCGAUCACGUCCGUGAGCUGUCACCAGUAGACGAAGGGGAUCGCACGACAACUGAUCCUACACCCCCAUCGUCUGCCGGCAUUCAAUUAUCCGCCAAUGUCGGCGUCCGACCCAAAAACAUAUUGGCUCAUUCUUCAUUUUCAUCCAAUUUUAAGCAAAGGCGUAGUAUCAAAACAGAUCCAGCAACAUCUGGUUUGGCAUUGGUCAUUUCUUUGGCGGAGGAAGGCCCAUCGCCGUCACCUGGCGGAGGUUCGAGUACGGCAAGUUCACGUGACACGUCUCCAUGUCGAGAACUUUCGCCCACUAUCACUGGCAGUCUGAAACCGCCGAUUGUGCUUCGACGGGCACCACGUGGAUUUGGUUUCACUUUACGGGCCAUCCGAGUCUAUCUUGGCGAUUCCGAUUUCUAUACUGUCCAUCAUUUAGUUAUGGCUGUGGAUGAAGGCAGUCCGGCCUUAGAAGCCGGGUUGCGGCCUGGAGAUCUGAUAACUCACAUCAAUGGUGAAGCUAUCCAAGGACUAUUUCACACGCAGGUUUUACAGUUGAUUUUGUCUGAAGGGGACAAAGUGACGCUGCGAGCGACUCCGCUAGACCAAACGAGUAUCCAGACUGGCGGCCGUCGAAGAGAAUUAGCCAAAAGUCGUUUGGCUCGUCGAGGUUAUUACCGCGUUUCGCACGGUGCCGGACGGCGACCCCCUGGUGGAGCAAAAGGCAAAGCCGGAGGGGGAAGCAACGAACAAGUUGAAAGACGUCGUAAAUCGUCGCUAUUCCGUCGUUUGAGCAGUAAACGUGCCAGUGCUGAAAUUCAGCAGUCACUCCGAUUGCAGAUUCCCAUGUCGGCCCCCGUGCUUCCGCGCGGCCACCCUUCUCCUUUUUUGUUGGCGGCCAACUAUGGCGGAUCAUCUUCACCUGUUCUGACGCCAAGCCGGAGUUUUCAUUCAUUGAAUCGAUCUUUGCCAUCCCAUGAAUCGGGGUCCAAUUCACCCGGAAGCCGAUCAUCAGCAUCCGGCUACUCGCCACCAAUUUUGCGCCAUCAUUGUCAAGUAGCUGCGGCUAGUCCCGCUUCGGAAUCGCCUCGUUCAACACCGUCCAGCUCGCCAAGUUCCUCUGCACCAAACAGCCCUGCCAGUGGCCAGUUGAAUCCAGCUGGACCACCGGUUCCUGCCGCGCGUCAUUUCCAGCCUCACCGACCAUCGUCUUUGCAUGGCCUGAAGAACAAGUUGCAUUCAGUGGCUAAAAACAUGCACUCGCCUUCCAGACGGAAAUCAGCCGGGCAUAUACCGCUAUCACCUCUGGCUCGCACUCCGUCUCCUUCACCUUUGCCACAACAACAGCCGCUCCCAGUUUCACCAACUCGCUCGCCCAGUCCGCUGGCUUUCCCUAUGCAAGUCCAUCAUCCUCCCGGUAGCUCUCACUCGACUCAACUUUUCAGUCCUGGGGCUUCGCUUUCUGUCUCACCGGCCGCCAAACAACGUGCGCUAUCUAGGCCGAAAUCGGCCGAACCUGGAUCACCGCUUUUGCGUCGAGCACUUUCACCCGAUCGGCUUCAUCCGCGCUCUGCCGAAAAGAACUUGGUAAUUUCACCACUGUGCAAUGCUUGCAGUAGUACCUCAGCCGCCAGUGCCAGCAGCAACGGUUCAAAUACCAAUCAGCGUUGCGGACUACCGAAAGUGACAGUAAUCAGCCCCCCGCGUGUCACCAUUGUUUCGCAACUGGCCACGGAAACCGCUGAAUCUGAUAAAAGGACUAGAAAAAUAGAUGACAAUCCUAUCAGUCAAUCAGUCACCGCUUCGGCUGCAGUUGAUGGGCAAAAGACGGUCCGGUUUGAGUCGGACCCGAAUACAGAUAAGGAGGAAAUACCAUCCAAUGUCCAACGCCGUCCGCGAUCGAGGAGUGCAUCUCCCGUCCCUCUUGCACCUACCCCGCCACCCGAUAUCUCGGUUGAGCCUUGUGUUCUUGCGGCCGCUGCAGCUAGCACUGAACUUCGGCGUCGUAAAAAUUCUGCUAUAGAAGAGCAGCAGCAGCAGCAGUCGCAACUUGAUCCAGUUGAACGAACUUCUCAUCUGUGAUGUACAAAUCAUGUUCUUUUUUCUCUUGUUGCCCUCCCAUUCGUUUCGAAUCGAUGACGUACAGAUUUACAAUCCAGCUCAAAUAGUGGACUAAGGGAGUAAAAAAAGAAAAAAAAAAUGGGUUUUUUUUAUUGUUUUGGUCUAAGAUGCAUUUUUUCUUUUCAUCUCCUGCUUAUACGCUACCAAGUGGUUGAUGUGAUAUAUAGCGCACUCUUAAUCACUUUUCAGUUUGAUCCAUCAAUAUUUAUAUACUAUAGAAGGGAAACAUGUUUGCAAGUUUGAUUAAUUUCCUAGCGUGAAAACUGCUGUAUAUUAAAACACAAUUUGUAUCAUAAUGAAGAAAACGCAAAAGACGAGUGUGAUCUCGCCGGAGUAGGAGAAAUGUGAAUUGAACAGAUGUUACAUUGUGCGUGUCUUUUUCUUUCUUUUUUUAAAAUGUUCAUUCAUCCUUCCGGAUUACUUGAACGUCUCUUGUUGCUGCCCCCGCUGGUGUGUUGUGAUUACUUUCAUCAUUUCUUCUGUCCAAUUUGUGGCUGAAUAAAUUUCUGAUAGAUACUCACUAAAA